GGGAAGACAGAAAUUUUCGAAAAACUGAAUUGAAUUCAUACUAAACUCAUACUGUUCUAUUUUAAUACAUACUCUUUUUAUUUUGGAAAAUCUUCACAUUGCGGCACUUCGUACAGCUGAAACUCGAUGUAUGUAAGAAUUUUAUGGUGAGAUACGGGACCUCAAAAAGGAGUCCGUAUCUGUCCGUAGCACAGCUGUGAUUUCGUGAGCGUCUGCGCUGAAGGGCGUUCUAAGCCGUUCUUCCCCAUUUGUUCGUCGGGCAGCCAGGAUGUCGGAAAUUGCGACGGAAUUUCAAGCAGUCGCGCGCAUUCCCUUCGUUAAAUCUGCCUUCAUUGCUUCCAAAAGCGGGUCUUCCGACGGAAAUGCUCAGUUCGUCAUUCAUACCACCUGGACGCAACGAGAUUUGGUACGCAUGGAAAGGACAUGCUUCCAUAAAUCAUAUCUGGCUACCGCCAGCAGUGGUUUCGGGAAGUUGGAGUGUCACCAGUUUGGAAUGCCCGUCGAUAAUACGAACGAAUUGCGUGUGGCGUAUUCGCAAGAUGGAUCGUUGAAAGCCGUAUUUGCCAAGUUUUCCCCGAAAGAUAAAAAAGGUGCGGAGGACAAGGAAUCCGUGGAAAUUUAUUCGCCACUUGGCAAAGUCGCUACGAAUGAUGUAGCCGCUUCUAAACGACAUGGAAACAUUUACACCGACAGUGAGCUGGGUUGUUUCGAACUGAGCCCAGUGGAGUCCAGCACGCAUAUUUUGUAUGUCGCGGAAAAGUAUCGCCCACCGUCGGAUUCCUUCUUCUCGGUUAUGGCCAAUAAAUUUCCGGAAGAUCCAGAACUGGCCAACAAAUCUUUGGGUGAAAAGUUUGUUUAUCGUGAAGACUGGGGCGAACAGAUGCAGAAGAAAUCGCAGCCAGUGCUUUGUAUUUUGGACUGGAAUGACAACAACGCGAGUAUCCUUGCCAACAUUCCUGAUGGAAUCAGUCCUGGACAGGCCGUCUGGACACCUGACGGAAGCGGUAUAGUUUUCGUUGGAUUCGAUCAUCUUCCGGAACGCUUGGGGCUGGUAUAUUGCCCCAUCCGACGUAGUCGUCUGUAUUAUUUGGAGCUGGGUCAUUCGAAGAUGGCACUGCCGUUGACGUUUACGGAUUUAGCCGUCCGAUCUCCACGUUUCAAUUUGUCAGGAACAGCGCUAGUUUACCUGGAAACUGAAAUGGGUGGACCACAUUUUCACGCUCUGCGCCUGAUGAUGAUUGACUGGAACAAUCAACAGUCUACUCCGACUGUGAUAGUGCCGGUUCCUGUUGGGACUAUCAAGCAGACAGAUUUCCCUGGAUUAUAUACGGAUGCGCUGCCCAAACGUUGCUGGUCGAGAGAUAACAAACGGAUUGUAUUGCACACCAUUUGGAGAAGUUCCCAGCAAAUUAUUGUAGUGAAUACAGAAAAUAAAACAGUGCAGUGUCUUACCGGGCCGCAGUUGCUUGAAGGCAUGCGUUUGGCUCGUUGGGAAGUGUUAGACGUUUGGGAUGAUAUUAUCGUGGCGUCCGCUUCAUCACCUAACAUUUGUCCGCGACUAUUUGUGGCUAAAUUACCUCCGGCCGGGAAAGAAAUCGAAAUCAAGUGGGCGUUGAUCGAUGAGGGUGCCGGAACGGAUAAGGAAUUAGAAAAAGAGGUCCAGCUAAUGGAAUGGGAUGUGGAAAUCAUAAAAGACCCGGGCUCGGGGAUAGAAUAUGAGGCAGUUUGGAUGUUCCCUAGUUUGCGGCGCAGUCCCCCGGUGAUACUGUGGCCUCAUGGUGGUCCGCACGGUUGUUCCAUUCCGGGAUUCGAUGUUUUCAUCAGUACUCUAAUUCGUCUGGAAUAUGCUGUUAUUUUUGUGAAUUAUCGCGGAUCCGCUGGGUUUGGUGAGAAAAACCUGCGGUCUCUGCUAGGCAAGAUUGGUCAGAAUGACAUCGAGGACUGCUUCCGGGCGUUAGACGUGGUACUUGGCAAAAAAGGUCUUAACAACACCGAUACCGAUCUGUUUUAUCAAGGCGGCUCACAUGGUGGUUUUAUCGGCGCACACCUUAUUGGCCAGUUUCCCGAUAUUUUCAAAGCCUGUGCAUUACGUAAUCCGGUUAUCAACCUCGCCAGCAAACUUGGCGGUACAGAAAUUCCCGAUUGGGGAUAUGUGGAGUGCGGUCUGGAAUAUCGUUACGACGAUCCUCCAAUUAUUCCCAUGUAUUCGCAGCUUAUCGCUCGGUCUCCUAUUGUACACGCUCACAAGGUAACCACACCGACGUUGAUAUUGAUUGGUGAGAAAGAUCGUCGCGUUCCACCAACUCAAGGAAUGGAAUUAUACAGGGCUCUAAAGCUGCGUGGUGUACCGACGAAAGUGUUGCGCUAUCCAGAUUCAGAUCAUCCUAUUGCUGAAAUCGAAGCUGAGAGUGACUCCUUCGUGCAGAUGGUGAACUGGUUUAGACAAUUUGGGCGAACGGACACGAAAAGUGCCGGAAAAUCGUAAACCUUCUUCCAAAGACGUUAACGUUUUUUAUCGAUUUUUUAUUAAUCAAAGAUUAACCGCUACAAUUGCAAUGUGAUGUAAACCCAUAUCGUAAACCAUUAGCUCUGCAGAAAUUGUCAAUAAAUUUUCUUUUGCUAAUACUGUAACCUAUAGGAGACAUCCAAGUCGAAUUUCUAAUAAAAUCUGUAUAUC